GAAGUUGAGCUUAAUACAAAGCUGCAGUCUCAGAUUCAGUCACAGUCAGUCAGUCUUCAGGGAGUAUGUGUCUAUGAACUGGAAACUCUAGUCUCACCUAACUUUCAUUUUUAAUCCUUUAAACAUCAAGACAAUGUGUGACAUCGAGGCAAUGCCCUUCGACCUGUGUCAAGCUUUAGACGGCCCACUUGAAUUGGAGGAGACCAGAGGAUUUGAGCCCUGCUGCUUCAACAUGACGGAUGUUCAGGACGAGGUCUUCAGACUCGACGAGGGACUGGACCUGGUGGUUUCCCAUGACCCCAUGACCAUGCAGCGCGUCGCCACCCUGCUGCUGGCAGUGAACAGGAUGAAAAAGCCCCUGAUCCGCGGUAGGAAGCUCAGUGAAGACGAGCUCUGCUGUGUGAUCAUGGACAGCCUGCUAGAUGAGACGAUUGUGAAUACAACUGAGAACUUCUCCUUGGGAGCAGAGCGAAAAACAUUCCAGCGUGUGAACAGCGAGAACAUGUGCACGCUGUGCGACACUGAUCAGAAAGCCAUCGUCCAUGGGUCGGGGGAGAUCAAACUGCAGGCCAUCACUCUGAAAGGAGGAAACUGUGAGCGCACAGUGAAUUUUAAACUGUCAAGGUACAUCAGCACCGCUGAUACUAAAUAUCAGUGUGUCCUUCUGUCCAUCACCAACCACAACUUGCACCUUUCCUGCUUCAUGAAAGACGGCAAAGCUGUGCUGAACCUGGAGGAAUGCUCCAAGGAGACUUUAGAACACAUCUCCGAUGAUGAAAACAAGGACCGUUUCCUCUUCUACAAGAGAGUCACCGGAGUGUCUCUGACCACCUUUGAGUCGGUUCGGUGCCCCGGCUGGUUCAUCAGCACCUCCAACGACAGCGAGCGGCAGCCCGUGGAGAUGUGUGUCGCAGACGCUGCCAGACGCGUCACCAGCUUCAAAAUAAACGCCACAAAGUAAACUAAAAAGUGUCUCUCGGUUUAAGGUUCAAUGUAUCCAGAAUUAUGCUUUUUUGUGUUGCAUUUUGCCUUUAUUCUGCCUUACUCGCCACUAGAUGGUGCAAUCGUCUGCAGCUGCAUUGAGACUGUGAGACUGGUGAGGUUAUAAUUCAGUAAAAGCCACUAAAGACAGUUUUAUUUUAUAUUAUUUCUACUCACUGACAGGAUGCUAAAUGUAUCAGCUUUGGUAAAAAAGUAACAGGAUAUUCCUUAAAAGUAUUAUUAUUAUUAUUAUUCCUUUUAGAGAAUGAAGGUAUGAGCAUGUUACAAGUUUAAUACUGUGAUGAGCUAAAUAUGCCUGGUUCUGUGGAAUAAAUAUUCUUAUUUUAUGUAUUUUUGUUUGUAUUUUUAGUUUUUUUGUAUUUAUAAGCCUUUUGUGGUUGCAGCUUUAAAUGUCUGCAUGUAGACAUUUAAAGGGAAAAAAACAGAAUAAAACAAAUAAAACAUCAGUCGACACAGAAUUAAAUCUGUCUGGUGUAAUUUUGAUUUAUUUGACUUCUUGAUUUCGAGUUUAUCUGUUUAUUUGUUUGUUGUUUGAGUUGAUUUGAUGGUAAAUUAGUUGUUAAAGCUGUGGAAUCUGUUAUAUAUUUGCUUUAUUAUCUUCAUCUUUGUCAUGUAAUGUUUGCUUUUGUUGACCAAAAAAAAACAAGUUAUAUGAAUGUUAUUUUCUCCAUUUAUAUUGAAUGAAUUAUGCUAUAAAUGAUCUUUCUUUCCAUAAUAAUAAAAUAAAGCCACUGAUUAUCUAUAAUUUCUUUGAUAGAAACCUGAUGCUUUUUGCUAAAUAUUGUUGUGUUUUGUCAACAAUAUACCUUUAAACUCAAUAAAUGCUUUAUUUCUUUAAGUA